AUUAUAAACACGUUGAUUCUUUUUGUUCCGACGAUUUUAAUAACUUCUAUAGUUAAUGAAGUGAAAUUAUUAAAUGUUUUUAAUGCAGAUUUAAAAUAAUAUUGUGAUUUUUGUAUGGUUUGAUAAUUGGGUUGAUUUAUUUUAGGGAAAACGUGGCCCUAAAAUAGGGGAAUCCGUGAAUAUUGUUGCGGAAUAUAUUAGACGAGAGAGUGUGGUAGUAAGGUAAAUGGCAUUGUGCAGAGGUAUUCUACGAAAGGAGCGAUCAGAAAGGUCAGCAGUUGGUUGGUAGUGGGGUCAAACGCCGCCUCGAAUGGCACCCCUUGCAAAAUACCCUCCCAAGAACAAUCUUCUCUUAUAAGGAUACAAAUUCGUGUGCCAUUAUUUCUCUGUGUUUAUACCACGGUGGUUUUACAUCGCACGCUUCACUGACGGCGUUUAAUAGCCAAGUUAAUUAAAGAGAAUACUUGCCUGACUGCUAUGUUGGUUGACAUCUCAGAUGAAUGACAAAAACCAGAAGUUAAGGGAAAAACAAUGGGAUGCAAAGGAAACAAACUCACUAGGGUCGGUGACUGGACACCUUGAUUGCGUGCUGAGAACGGUAUGGGAAAUGUCGCGUGCAUCUUCUGGUCCCAUCUUAACAAUGACCCGUUCCCAUAGUCUCAUUUAACAUUGUUUUCGAACGAUUGGAUCAUUUCGUAAGAAUUCUUACUUGCGCCGACUGACUUCUGAGUUUAGAUGGAGUGGUUUCUAUACUUAAUUAACAAGAGGACAAUUAUCUGUUGUAUAUUCGGGUGAAUGGACAGAAGUUUUAUGGUGGCGAAGUGGAGUGGUAACGCCCCCUGAUUAGUUCCCUUUUGUUUUCGUGGAGUUUGUCGCUUGGUGGAUCUUUCCGAGCCCGCAUUUUCCUUAGACCUGGAGAUGGCGAGGUACGUAAAUAAUCUAUUAAAACUAUUUAAAUUAAUGGUUGACGGACAAGAGGAUCGACGAUUUCUUUCUAGAACAACUCUAGAUCACAACUAGUCGGGAAUUUAUCUCUUAUGUUUGGUGAGGUUUUAUGUCUGAGAUUCUUUUUACUGCUAUUCUAUCUCGCUGAAGUUUGAUGUUAAAGCUUUGGAGUAUGGCUGUAAUGAGGGAUAACGACAACUUUUACUGCCCAUGAUAUGUGGAAUCUUGAUGAGUAUACCUCCCCUUGCGAUGAAAAAGUCAGUUUUUACUGUACGACUUAGUGACCACACCUAACUGUUUUUUGGCUAGGGGCGAGACACACUCAAUUCUACGGAUGCAACCGAUGCAAAGUAAGUAAUUUUAGAUAUAUAUAUAUAUUUCUAUUGGCCAAAUUUUAGUGCCAAAGGUGAGCGUUAAACCAAGCGAAUACUCCGACUAGAUUAAUGAUCCGGUGUUGGCAUCCGUCUACAACACUAUUUGGCACGAAUCAACCCUAAAAUUCCUGAUAUGGACAGGGGUUAUCGUUAAGAUUUUAAUAUCUAUCUCUUGCCACAGCGUAUAAAAAUCGUAUAAGCCUAUAAUUUAAUAAUAGAGAUGAUGUGGAAGAUAGCGGAUCACACCAUAUACCAAAGGAUUCUAUCCACGCGCUAUCCAUGCACUAUCUGCCAGGCGUACUAAAAUGCUUCAACCUCUAUCACAAUCGUCUUCACAGUAAGAAGUCAAGGAGAAAAACACUUCAAAUGUAAAGAAAAACCGUUAAGAUCCUAUCUAUAAUCGAGAUAUUAACAGUUUUAAGUGUAGAAAAUAUCGCGCUCUUUAGAAGCCAUGCUGAUAAAAAAGGGGGUAAAGAAAAAAAAAAUAUAUAUAUAACUUAUCACCUUGGUAGAAGUACAAAGCGCAACCUUAAUGUAACAAAAAUGAACUUUUUACCACAAUUUCCCUAGAUUUUUUUUCAAGAUAUUAACUUAGAGGAGUAAAUUGAGAUAUCAUUACCCUUUCCUACGCUGAAAAUAAUGUCUAGAAAGAUGCAGGAAAAUUGCUAGUUAAGAAGUUCACUUCCCCAUUCUUUUUCCAAAAAAAAACUCUUCAAAAAAGUGGCGAGAUAAUGCAUUUUUUAAAAAAAUCAAAAUUAUAUAAAAUUAAGAAAAUUUGGCACCAAAAAAAAAAUAAAUAAAAGCCAACUUUACACUCGUCCUUUCGAUAAAAUUUGUAUGUUUUAGUCAUCAACGGAGAUUGUAGACACAAGUUUAUUUGAUUGCCAUUUUAUACAAUCUUUAUGACAGCAAAGAUAUAAAAUCGGUUACAGAAAAUGUUAUGCUGACCUUCUGGGUUGAUAUCCCUCGGGCUAAAACGACAAAGGGAUGUUUUGGGAAAAGCUGGAGUGGAAUGUAGAACCUGUAAUUUUUCCUUCUCAUUCUACAGAGACAUCCUGGAUGAGGAGGGCAGGAGGGGUACAUUCAAAAAAUAAAAUAAGAAGGAAAAAAAACCGAACAUUUAUUAAACGCUGGCAACAGAAUUGAAAACUAUUUUAAUAAUACCUAGGGCCAAAACAGAUUUGGGUGCUCUCUUCCAAUUUUUUUUUUAAUGCUCCUUUCAAUUGACUUUAAUAUACACGAAUGCGAUCCUCUGUCAUAAUAAACUUAUUUAAUGGACGGCUCCCAUUUUCAACUAUUAAAUCUAAUUAUUUUUCUGUGUUUAAGGUCGGAAAAAGUGAUUUGAAAAUUACAGAUAAUAGGUUAAAUAUAUAUAUAUUUUUUUAUAUUUUUAUUUUUAAAGAUAUUAGAUGAAAGUACUACAAAAUGUUUUACUAAAUUUUCGAUUAGAUAAGAGAGGUUACAAGUCCAGUUUAUGAGCUAGUUCGGAAGUUGAUUAGUUAAAUAUUUAGCUGUUUAAUACGUGAACCCCAUCAACUAAAUGCCUCAUCGCUUAGUGACGAGGUACACCGAUCAUUAUGACCUCAUCUGCUGACAAUAAACCAUGUGCCUUUAAACUAAGUACAAUUUGCGACAAACUUAAAAAACAGGAAGACGAAAUGGUAACGAGCGACGAUUACGAUACUCAAGAUGAUACGGAAUAUACCAUUAAUGGUACUUUAACCAUCGACGAUCAAAAAGAUAAAAUGGACGAAUAUAGUGAUUCGAAUUCCGAUCAUUGCAAAGAAAAAUUGAACUGUUCCCCUUCGUACGAGCAUCAAAAAUACCCGGUUAAAAAUAAAAGAAAAAACUUUCAACCCAGAAAUAUUGUAUAUCAAUGCCAAGAUAGCGAUGGAGAGAACGAAUUAUUGAUAGACUAUUACGAGGAUGAUAAACCACCAUCGAGCCCAGAAUCCGUGGCAUCGAUCGAGAGCCCUGCUAGAGUUCAAACUGCUCCGGUGGGCAUUCAGGGAUUUAAAUCGUCUUUAGGUGAUCAGCCCUUAGAUUUAAGUGAAGGGCAAUACGCUAAUCCUAAUCUACCAGUCGAUUUGACAUGGAGGAGAGACAGCGAAACGGAUCAGGAGGGUGCUGCUAUGGAUUUAUCAACUAAUCUACGCGAGUCUACCAGCCCCAAUAAAACUGUUCGAGAAGUGCCAGAUGCUUCUAUGAUGAAGGAUUAUGCAGAAACAACGAUGAAGGAAUUGUUAGGAAUGUACGGCUUAAACGACGUCGUGGAAUCCAUAACGAAGAACGUACCAUUGCAGAAUUUCUCAUCAGGUAAGAUGCCACAAUUUUACGCCCAUUUCUUUUAUUUAAAAAAAAAUCAUUUUACACGUCACGUAUUAUUAAUUAUACUUAAAAAACACAAACAGAAUGCUAAAAUAUCUAAUUAUAUUUACGAUUUUAAUCUUAAACCAAGGUGUUUUUUGAAACGGUUUCCUAAACAACAUGCCUCAUUAUUUCCCAUCAUUUAAUUGCUUAAUAUAAUAUUUUUAGAUGUUAAAUAACGAUAUCGUGGUAAAUGUUCUCACUAUGGAACCAGGAUUUCUAGAAAACUAAUUAAGUAUUUAUUUUAAACUCGUAAUUUCAACUCGAUACAGACCUUAAUCUAUGUUAUAUUUCGGUAAAAACAAGGCAAUCCAUAUCUCUCUAACAUCUUGGCCAACUUACUUCACCCUAUUGUAUUUUAGGGACCUUGAAAUACUUGAGUUUAUUGGUAGUGUUUGUUAUCUUUUCAGAUCUAAAAAACCAUUAAAGACAUUAAAUUUGCCAUAUUAGUGUUUCCUGUCAGGAACGUCAUACAUGACCUACAUCGAGGUGUGUCGAACGCAUUUAUGUUCUCUCCCCUCCUUUUGAUUUUUAAUUUCCAAAAAAAAAAAAAUAUAUAUUAUAAAUAUAUUUAAUCUAGCGUGAGAUAUAUAAAUGAAUAAUUUCUGGAAUUUAAUUUUAAAAGCAUCGAACUCUAAAUUAAUUAUGAAAGUCAGUAAAAAUAGAUUUUAAAGAAUGAUUUUCGUGCAGUUGAAAGGAGAGAUGCUGAGAUAUUUUUCCCUUCUUAUUUUCGUAUUUUCGAAAUGAAAAGCGUACAAAAGCGUACAAAAUCGUAAACUAGAUUAAAUAAGAAAUAUUCUUCUAAAUGAAUUCUUCUCCAUAUUUUAUUUUCUUGUAGAAUUCUGUGACGAAUUUCAAAUGGAUUACUUAGAUUCUUUUUCCCCCCUCUCUCUCACUCUCCUCCCUCUCUCCAUCUUCCUCUCUGUCUAUAACUAGAUUUUUGUUUUAAAAUAAAUUAAACUGAGAAUAAAUUCCACUUUUCUCUUUAUUUUUGAAUAUAUUUUCUAACAUUUUGUAAAGAUUUCGAAACAAUAUUCAGUAAGCUUGGUUUAAUAGACAGCAAUUUUCAAGCCGUUCAAGCUGAUGAUUAACGCAUUAGCAUUUGCGGUUUCUACGAAAUUCAUGCUAAAAUAACCUCCCAAAUAACUUAUUUUAUAAGAAAAUUAGACGUUACGACGUCGUAAUUUAUAUAUACAAGCUAAAUUUAAUUUUAAAUCGUUUAGUUGGCGCCAUAUUUAAAGACACGUCACUCCCAUUUACACCAUAGAGUUACACCCUUAAUUAAAACGCGUUCUCUUGUAAUUUUAAUUGAAAUUUUUAAGAUUUUUUAACGAAAAUAUAUAGAAAAGUAUCCGAUUUAUUCAAAAUUAAAGUUAAAAACACAGUUUCUUUUUUAUUUUUUGCGUGUGUAGCAGCGGUUAUUGAAGUUUGAUAUAUGAUACAAAGUAACGUAACCACGUUACGAGGGAAUGAAACAAAAAUGUAAUUCGUAGCUUAGAAUUAACUACAGAUAUCAAGGUAUCAUCCACAAACGUAAUAUUCCUCCAAGGUAUUCAUAAACUACAAUAAUUACUGACCAUUCUCCGGGACUACUCUUAAGUACGCUUUUGAUAUGUGGUUGGUUCUCGACUAUCGAUAAUUGCUCCUGCUUUAUAAUAUACUGUGCCUUGUAACAAGUUCUAAUAAAUUUUUUUACCUCUCAUUAUUUUCUUCCCUUCUCGAGUAUCCUGGGGCGUUGGUAUGUAGGACAAAUUAUUCCGUAACCCACAUAGUUCUUGAAAGAAUUAUCAUUUUAAUGUGGAUGAUAAUAUGCUGCCUACAGGGGUUUAUUUUCUGUUUAUCAUCUACAUGGAAUGUAAUGAAAUUGGCGAAUUUUAGUGGUACCGAACACCUUCGGAGUUACGUAUACAUAGCUCGAAACGGGGAUGAUUAGUUUCUGUAUGAUGAUAAAGAUACUUUCUUUGUAAGUUGCUGUUGUAAUUAGUUACAAAAAUUAAAAUUCUGAUGGGUUUUAGUGGUGCCAAGCAACUUCAGAACUGAUUUUAAAUGUAUUUUAAGAUUAGUUUCGAGAUGAAAGGGUGAAGAUCUGUAAGAGACUUUAAGUUGCAAUAUAAUUAACAUCAAAAUUUAUAGUUUCAAUACAUUUUAAAGCAUUGCUUUGCUUACAAAAAAGAUUUUUUUAAUCAUUAUUUAUUGAAGAUUAGCUUAAAGAUGAUAGAAUGAAGAUCUGUAAGAGGUUUCUUUAGUAAGUUGCAAGCAUAAUUAGUGUCAAAAAUUAAAAUUCUAGUUAAUUUUAAUGUCAUCGAGCAGUUUUAGAGCUACUUUUAAGACGUAUUUGCUUAAAAGAAAGUUUUUUUUUUUUAAUGAAGACUACUCACGAGGUAAUGAUAUAUUAAAAGAGUGAAGCUCUGCCUUGUUUUCUAAGUUACAGAUAGCGACGAAAAAUUAAAAUUGGAGAUUUUAAUUAUGUCAAACGGCUUUAGAACCACCUUUAAAUCUCCAAAUCUAAUGAUUUCUUAUUGACGAUUAAUGUCAGGACGAUGAUACGACGAUAGGAUAAAGAGCCAUAAGACGUUUUCUUUAUAAGUUACAGGCAUAAUUAAUGUCAAAAAUUAGUUUCGAUGACAAAAACAAAGACGGAAUUUAAAGAAUCUAAAUUAGAGUUACUAUCUUUGAGACUUGUUUAUAAAAAAAAUAAAUUCUAAGCAACACUAUAACGUUGCCUCUGUUCUAAAAGUUAAUUUUAAAGGUUCUAUUUGUAAAACUUCUUAGAUUCACAAUUUCCUAUUUCGGGUCAGGGUAUUUUUUGACACGUUUUAAGGCACAGAAAAUGGCCAAAAAAAAAAAAGAAAGAAAACACCCCGGAACUCGAAACGUCUGAGAGCUCUCUUCAUAAUUUAAUUACAAUUAAACGUGGGGAGAAUAUACAUAAAAUUUUGUAUUCGAUUUAUAAAACCAUUAAUCGAUUUUUUUAUUAAAAAAAUAAUACAGAUGUCUAAGAAUAAAGUCAUUGCACCUUAAAAUAGCUGCUCUAAAUCUUUGCAGAGAGAGAGAGAGAGAGAGAACAGUUCAGUCUCUCUCUCUCCUCUAGGGAUGCACAGUCUGCUACACAAAAUCAUAAUUAUAGUUUUCAGACAAAUAAUUCAUAUCUCGGCAUUUUGUACCCUCUGAUUUUAUUCUCCAACCUGUUUUCAACACAAGAUUCACGUUAAAUAAUAGUACAUUUAGCUACAGAUCUACUACAUUGCACAAAGUCCUAUCUAAUAGGUUUUGCCAGGAAUAAAAUGACAGAUAAUUGGAUAGAGAUCAUUUCGACUAGAUAAAACUUAUUCUUCACUUAAAUUGAUCUCAAUUUUCAUCAAGAACAAAAGAAAAAAUGUAUAUAUAUAUAUAUAGUAUUUUACUCGAAAUUUUAAAUGAAUCUAAAGGUGAUGUUUCAAAUUGAUCUUUAAGAUAAUUCCACACGAAAUUAACUCUUUGCUUUAUUGAAAUAUCUCGUAAUGAUAAUGUUAAUGUCCAUUGUUUCCAUUAUUAAUGCGUAUAUAAACGUUGAACUUAGUCAAAAAUUGAUGCGGAACGAUUAAAUUAAUGCUAAAAUUUAACAAUGGUUACUGUUGAUAUUUUAAUUUCCACUUAGAGAAGAUGGAGAGCGAAUGGAUUCGAUGAGACGGGAUUAUUUUAGGUAUUUUAUGGUAAAUUUUAUGAGGACCAUAUCCAGAUUUUUAUGCUAGAAUUAUUUAAAUCUUUUUUUAAAACUAAUUUUUUAUACCAGAAUUUUUUAAAAAUAAUUUUUAUUCCGUUAAAUCUAACUUUUAACUCGUCUUUAUAAUA